CAUAACGGCUGCUUCAAACUGCCCUCGCCUUUCCCUCCCCCCUUCGACUGCGUACCAUGCGGCCCACAUGGUCGACUUCGGGCUCCGCCUCCUCUCGUGCGCCACUCUCCGCCUCGCCCGGCCGCUCCACGCCCUCCUCCUGGUCUCCGGCCGCUUCGACGACGUCUUCCUCUCCACGAAGCUCCUCAACCUCUACUCCCGCCUCGGCGACCUCCCAUCCGCCGCCCUCACCUUCCGCCACGCACCCACCAAGUCCGUCAUCACAUGGAACUCCAUGAUCGCCUGCUACGUCCACCAUGGUCUCCUCCCGGAUGCCCUUGCCUGCUUCCACCGCCUCCUCCUUACCUCCUCCGCCUGCCCCGACGGCUUCACCUUCCCCGUCACCAUCAAGGCCUGCUGGGAUCUGGAGUGGGGGAAGAGGAUCCACUCUCUGGCCUUCAGGUUCGGCUUCGUUUGGAACGUCUUCGUGUCCGCUUCCGUGGUCCAUAUGUACUCCAGGCUCGGCUCCAUCGACGACGCGAGGAAGGCGUUCGAAGAAAUGCCUUACAAGGACCAGGGUUCUUGGAAUGCCAUGCUUUCGGGGCUCUGUCAGAACGGGAAGGCGGCGGAGGCGGCGGAAGUGUUUGAGGAGAUGAUGAUACGGGGGCUGCCCAUGAACAAGGUCACCGUGUCGAGCAUUCUUCCGGUAUGUGCCCCCUUGGAUAGCCUUCUGCUGGGCGCUGCCAUCCACGUUUAUUGUAUCAAGCACGGCCUGGACUCGGAUUUGUUCGUGUCAAAUGCGUUCAUCGACAUGUACGCCAAGACUGGUCGUCUGGAAGAAGCACAGAAAGUUUUCGACGGGAUGACAGAUAUGGAUUUGGUCACUUGGAACUCCAUCAUCUCAGGUUACGAGCAAGCCGGCGAGUUUAGCACUGCGCUCAAGCUAUUUGACGGAAUGAAAGAAAGCGGUGUUCGACCCGAUCGGUUAACCCUCGUAACCCUGGCUUCUGCGGUCGCUCAGUGUGGGGAUGAUCGCACCGGCAGGACAGUGCAUGGCUACAUCUUGAGAAGGGGAUGGGAUUCGCGCGGCAUCGUCGUCGGCAAUGCCAUCGUUGAUAUGUACGGGAAGUUGUCGAAGGCGGAGGCUGCUCGUAAGGUGUUCGACAGGAUGCUGGUCAGAGACGUUAUCUCUUGGAACACCCUGAUCACGAGCUAUUCGCAGAACGGACUCGCCAAUGAGGCCAUCGAGAUCUACGAGUCGAUGCAGAGUCGCGAAGGGAUCGCGCCAAUUCAAGGAACGCUGGCGAGCGUUCUACCUGCAUGUGCGCACGUCGGGGCGCUGCAACAGGGGAUGAAGAUCCACGGGCGAGCAGUCCGAACCGGACUGCAGUCGGACGUCUUCGUGGCGACUUGUCUCAUAGACAUGUACGCCAAGUGCGGGAGGCUGGAGGAGGCGACGCAUUUGUUCGAGCAGGUCCCCAGAAGGCACACCGGUCCCUGGAACGCCAUCAUAGCCGGCCUCGGAGUUCAUGGGCAUGGACAAAGAGCAGUGUCACUCUUCUCCGAGAUGCAAGAAGAGGGAGUCAAACCCGACCAGGUUACGUUCGUCUCACUGCUGUCUGCUUGCAGCCAUGCCGGGUUGGUGGAUCUCGGACGACGAUGCUUCGAGCAAAUGCAGACAGUUCACGGCCUCUCGCCUUGCCUGAAGCAUUACGCGUGCAUGGUGGAUAUGCUCGGCCGAGCCGGGCGACUGGACGCUGCCUACGAACUGAUCGCGACCAUGCCCGUGAAGCCAGACUCUGGAGUUUGGGGUGCUCUCCUCGGUGCUUGCAGGAUCCAUGGCAAUGUCGAGCUGGGGAAGCUGGCUUCAAGUCACCUGUUCGAGAUCGACGCAGAGAACGUGGGCUACUACGUACUGCUCUCCAACAUGUACGCCAAAGCCGGGGAAUGGGAUGGAGUGGAUGAGGUGAGAGCGCUGGCCAGACAUAGACGACUGCAGAAAACGCCGGGGUGGAGUUCGGUGGAGGUGAACAAGAAGGUGAACGUGUUCUUUACCGGGGGCCAGUCGCAUCCUCGUUACGAGGAGAUCCAGGGGGAGCUGCGGGCAUUGCUGGCCAAGAUGAAGAGCAUCGGGUACGUUCCGGACUACAGCUUUGUGUUGCAGGACGUGGAGGAGGACGAGAAGGAGCACAUACUGUCGAGCCACAGCGAGAGGAUAGCGAUAGCUUUCGGGAUCAUGAGCACCUCGCCUGGAACGCCCAUCUGCAUCUACAAGAACCUGCGGGUCUGUGGAGAUUGCCACAACGCGACCAAGUUCAUAUCGAAGAUUACUGAGAGGGAGAUCGUGGUGAGAGAUUCGAACCGUUUCCAUCUCUUUAAAGAUGGGGAAUGCUCUUGCGGUGAUUACUGGUAAUCCACGCUGUGUACUCUCUUCCUGCUAAUAUGUAAAACAAGAGUCAUUAGUUAAACAGAUAAAUGUUAGGAAGCUACUAUGUAAUUCUUCUCAAAAUAAUUUAUAUUACUUCUCU